CACACCUCACGACCGAACUCUUUACAUGCUGCUGAAUACGACAUCGACCGGCCAUCCAGAUCACAAUUCUAUAUAAAGGCCGCUCUCACGCUCGCAACUCUGACCAUCUCUACUGAUCACGAACACGGUGCGACCACAGGAUAGCCGUGUGCUGGUCACCCUGACAUUACGCCUGGCCGACGACCCUGACAGAAAGCAACAUGAGCUCGGCGAGCGGCUCGAGGGGAGGGGUUUAUGGAAUGUUUGGGAGCGCUGCGCAAAAUAUACCCGAGACGAGCGCGAGCGCGAGCGCGAGCAGCUCGACGCACCAGCAAAGCUUUACCGGCGCUGGUGUAUUCGGGAUGAGCCAGCCGGAGCCGGAUCCGGAUCCCCAGGACGACAGAUUGCUGGAUCUCGUCUUUAUCAUGGAUGCGACGGGGUCCAUGGGCAGCUACAUUGCGUCUGCGACCAAGAACAUCGAAACCAUCUCAGAAGAGAUCAUCCGCUCAGAGCACCUGUCCGCUCCUAGCGCUCUAAGAAUCGGUUUGAUUGCAUACAGGGAUCAUCCGCCUCAAGACCACACCUACAUUGUCAAGAAUUUUGGCUUCACCGAAUCGAUUGACGUGAUCAAGGCAAAUUUGGGCACGCUUUAUGCGUCCGGUGGUGGGGAUGGACCAGAGGCUGUAACGGCCGCCAUGAAAGCCGCAUUGGACCUUGAUUGGAGGCCUGAAGCUACACGGCUAGCCGUCUUGAUUGCAGAUGCCCCACCCCACGGAAUCGGCGAAUACGGCGACGGCUUCACACAGGGCUCCCCAGACGGCUUUGACCCGCUACAAGUAGCCAGAGCCAUGGCAGCAUCCGGCAUCCCACUCUUCAUGGUCGCGUGCGAACCAGCCCUCUCAGGCUAUCAGCAUGCUGCAGACUUUUAUCAGGGCCUCGUGCGCAUCACAGGUGGCCAAUUGCUGCCUCUCACCACUGCUAGUUUGUUGGCACCUGUCAUCAUCGGGGCCGCAGGCGAAUGCAUGUCCUUAGACAGGCUGCAUCGAGAAAUCGGCGAUCAAGUCGCUCAGCGCAUCGCACAAAUGAGUCUGGACAACCCAGCGGAGAAUGACGUUAUGGACUCGGUCACGAGGGAUCUGUACAACAGUCUAACCUUGCGCCGGGAAGUUACGAAGCAGCUGAUCGUCGAGAGCAUAUACCGGGAAACGCCAGAGUCACUGCACAACGUUCAAAUUUGGUCGGCGGCGCCUGAUCUGGCUUCGGCAAGACCUCACAUCCGCAGAGUUACCGGCAGUCGACUCUCUGAGAAAUAUCUCCGAGAGCGAUCCGUCUCAUCUGCUUACAAACCCUUCACUCCAUACGCACAUCCUCGCACGUCUGGUGAAUCGGCUGAUGGAUCGGGCUCUUCGAGCUCAGCAAUGGCCGACAUUUUCGGGUUCGGAUCUAGCUCAUCGAGUCGGACAAGCGCUGGUUAUGGACGAUUCUCUUCCGCAGGAACAUCUCCCGAGGGCGGUAGAGGUGGCUUUGGAGCUUCCCCGUCGAGCCCUCCAGGCUCGCGGAAGGUCGUCUCAGACUUUAGCGCUUUCUCAGCCAAGCCAGGAACUACAUUUGGAGGUACACCUAGCGGCAGCCCUCAGCUCGACAGAAAUGCUUCUGGCGACGCCAACAAGCCGUCGAGCCCGACCAAUCCUUGGUCCAACGGUCCGCGAAGCGGUGCGGCCUUCUCCAAUCCGAGGAGCCGUUUCCAGUCUGGUGGUGGCAUGGAUGAUGACGAUGACGAUGACGAUGUGGCCGACAAGAUUGAUGAUGGUAUGGAUGAUGACGACGACGGCGACGUUGUUUCGAACGCGCUGAAGCGACGCCCUGGCUUGCCUGUGCAAAUCGCUUCGGAUGGCGCGCUGCAGGUGGCAGGAGACGAUGGCAGCACGCUCGCGCUAAAGCAAGGCGCUAUUAGCAUCGAACAGGUACGACGGCUGGCCAUGUUCAGUGCGCGAAGGAGUGGCUUUUGAAGGCCAAGCUCUCGAGCCUCCGCCUUCACACGCGCUGCCCGAGCUUUUUCGGGAGACGCAGCUCCUCGAGCUCGAUCGAUACCCUCCUUUAGCCUGCUCCGCUCACCGCUCUGUCUUGCGGCCCAGUCUUCGGUCACGCAGAUGUCUCUCACUAACACAAUGAUGCUCAGUCACGCGCGUUUUGCUUGGCAAUCGUAAUCGCUCCUUGUUUGCGUGAUCAUGUGUCACGCCGCACCUCGCUUCUGACCUCUAGCCGCAGGUGAGAUGCUGAUGUUGCGUGCACAUCCAGCGCGCGGUCGAAGCGACCUCAGUAGUCUCGCGUGGGAACAUGCGGAGCGAAUCGAAAGUGACAAAGCGGCCGCUUUGUGUGUGAGG